CGAUUGGUGAAAUACAGUGAAACAGGCGGUUCUUACUAGUAAGCGUUCCCACUGUGUGUGCCAUUCAUCGCAGUAUUGUGCGUCGAACAUCGGCCCUGAUUGGUGUGUCUUCUUCAGUCGCACAUCGUUGGUUACUGGAUGAGACAGGGAAGAGCCGAUCCCAUCGGAAGGAGCAUGACUGUGUAGGGCAAAUCAGUUCUCUGGAAAAACAAUGGAUACUUUUCCGGCCGCGUAGAACAUUUUCAUUGAUCCACUGGUGCAGCCACCGGAAGAAGUAAAGGACCACGACGAAACGCUUGGUAACAAUCCAGAAGAUUUCCAACAUUAGCUCUUUGAGGCCGAUUAUAUGACAUUUGCUUAUCCUGUCAAUCCCACACACUAGAAGACACACCCACUAGGUGACCAGCCACCACCAUGAUCCAGGGUCUCGGUUCGGUGACGCAAGCCCUGCUCGGCACCUUGCUAACAUGGGGACUCACAGCUCUCGGAUCCGGAAUGGUGAUCUUUCUUCGAGGUAAUCAACGCAAAUCGUUGGACAUCUCGCUGGGAUUUGCCGCCGGUGUCAUGAUUGCGGCCAGUUUCUGGUCCUUGCUGGCUCCGGCCAUCGAACUGGCCGAAAGUUCCAACAUGUACGGAAGCAAGGGCGAGUUUGCAUUCAUUCCGGUUGCGGUUGGAUUCCUAUUGGGGGCGAUCUUUGUCUACGGGACGGAUAAGGUCAUUUCGUUCUUGGGAAUCAACAGCCCCACGAUGAUGAUUGCGCUGACACAUGCCAACAAGGACAAGGCAGACAUUGCGAUCGAUGAUCAAGUUUCGUCGCUAGAACAUGGACGCAGUUCGUACGCAGGUGUUCCUCCAAACCCGCAGGAUAACUCGUUGGCAAUCGGUAUGGAGAGCUUUGCGGAUUGUUUGAAUGCUCAGCAUGGAAAUGUUUCUCGCAAGCGCAGAAAGGGAUCGGUUAAGGAGCAAUCCACGUACACGAACACCAGCCAAAGUCAGAUCGAUGCACAACUGUCCCAGUGGAAACGAAUCAUGCUGCUGGUGGUGGCCAUCACUGUGCACAACAUCCCGGAAGGUUUGGCCGUCGGAGUGAGUUUUGGUGCUAUCGGAACAACAGAGUCGGCCACCUUCGAGGCGGCACGAAAUCUGGCCAUCGGUAUCGGCAUUCAGAACUUCCCCGAGGGUUUGGCAGUGAGUCUACCACUGCACGCUGCCGGGUUCAGCCUAGGGAAAAGUUUUUGGUAUGGUCAACUGUCCGGAAUGGUUGAACCGAUCUUCGGAGUCUUGGGUGCUGUCGCCGUCAGUGUGGCGAGCAUCAUUCUACCCUACGCCCUGUCCUUUGCCGCCGGGGCCAUGAUCUACAUUGUGGCGGAUGAUAUUCUACCGGAAGCGCAUGCCAGCGGAAACGGACUGAUUGCCACCUGGGGAACGAUAGCCGGUUUUGUGGUGAUGAUGUGCCUCGACGUUGGACUUGGAUAAGCUUCCGGGCGUUGGUGCUUCACGCGGUUAGAACGACAACUAAUAAGAUAAUCUACUUUGACCGCAACAUGCUGAUGUGAUCCAAAAACUGUUGGAAUGUACUUUAAUCGAUUAAGUAUUAAUUGUAUUUGUUUAGAAUGUUACGGAAAACCAUUGGAUAUACAAAUAUUAGUUGAUUUCUAGAAGGCCACGGAAGGUCGAUGAGAUAUGCCCGUUUGGGUGUAGGAACAAAUGCGAAGAAAACAUCAUUUUCCCGAAAUUUUAUUUUAUUACUAUGAAUAACAUGUACAAAUGAAACCCAUUUUUAGAAUCUAGCUAUGAACCCUUA